UCUCUUUGGACGUGUAUUUUCUGGAGGAAGAUAAUAGAGAGCGGACCACUGGAGCACACAUUUCCUGAUGACUUCAUCCCCGCAUGAAAUCGUAGCGGUACAGAAGUAUUUUGCUUUAGCUUACUAGCUGGCAAAGAUAGGUUUCUGGACGAGAGACACAAGGGCGUAUUGCGACGGUUGCUAUGGAUGGCCUCAGGCGCCCCGCUGUGCCGGAGGAUGCAGUGCGGUACCAUCUGUUUCUGGUUCCGCCCAAUCCGCCUGAGGUCCGGGCGGCUGAGCACGCUUUGGAGCUGAUGGUGGAGAACAUCCUGGCAAAGGUCGCGCCUCUGCUUGUGGAUUACAUCUGGCAAAAUCAGCCGUUUAACCUGAAGUACUACCCCGAGAAAGGUGAUGUGCCAGCACACAUCAGAGGAUCCACCCAGUUUGGGGACAACGUGGAGGACGAGUGGUUCAUUGUGUACCUCCUGCAGCAGAUAACGAAGUCCUUCCCCGAGCUCGCUGCCAGAGUUGAGGACAAUGAUGGUGAGUUUCUCCUGAUAGAAGCAGCUGAUCACCUUCCCAAGUGGCUGUGCCCAGACAGCAGUGAAAACAGGGUGUUCCUUUACCGGGGGGAGCUGCACAUCCUGCCUGUGCCCUCCCGUGCAGGAGAUCCAGGCUGGCCGCGUGACGUCACCCCCAGCGUGGCCCAAUCGCUCGCCUUCCUCUCCUCCCACAGACAGGCCUGCCUGGCACACCCCAGGAUCCGCUCCGCUGUGGGGAAACGCCUGCAAGGGUACCCAGGGAAGUUCCGGGCCAGCCUUCACCGCGCCCACUGCUUUGUGCCAGCGGGUGUCGCCGUGUUGCUGUCACAGCGGCCAGACCUCCUGGCCCCCGCAGUCUCCGCCUUCUACCUGCGGGACCCUGUGGACCUGCAGGCGUGCCGCACCUUCCGAACCUUCCCCAUGGAUACACGGGUCCUCACUGCGGUGACGUUCACGCGGUGCCUGUAUGCUCAGCUUCAGCAGCAGAGUUUCACUCCUGACCGGCGCAGUGGCUUCACCCUCCCGGCCCCCUCACACCCCCAGUACCGCGCCCACGAGCUGGGCAUGAAGCUGGCUCAUGGGUUUGAGAUCCUAUGCUCGAGGUGCAGGCAGCCGUCCUCUGAGCCGGACGCCCCGGUCAGCUGCAGCCCCCUGUGGAAAAGCUUCCUGGAGAGUCUGCGGAAGAACGACUAUUUCAGAGGGGAGCUGGAGGGCUCUGCACGCUACACAGAGCUGAUGGCUGCAGCAGAGAACUUCUUCAGGCAGUCUCUGUCCACACCUCACAGUGCUAGGUCCCCUGCGGAGGAGGUGCUGCGGGUGCUUCAGAGCUCCCCCUACAGCAUGGAAGACCUCAGGAAGCAAGAGGCUCUUCUGCCCCCAGAGGACAGUGACAGCUGGCUGGACAUCUCACCUCAGGAGCUGGAGAGUUUAUUAGAGGAGACGGUGGGGAGGACGGCAGGAGGUGCGAACGCUCCGCAGGCCGCUGGGUCGCAGGGACAGGAGCAUGAGGACGCCACCUACAGCCUGGUGGCAGUGACACAGGGCGUGAAGAGCUUCAUCAACACUACAGUGUCGCACGAGGGAGCCGAGCUGCCCUGGUCCCACUCAAACCAGCCCUUCAGUUUCAAUCCAAACUCCAUGGCCAGCGUACUGGACAGGCUGCUUGGAGGAGACCAGGAGCUGGAUUCAGACGAUCUGGAAGAUGAUGAUGAAGAUGAUUAUGAUGAUGAUGAUGAUGAUGAUGAUGAUGAUGAAGAAAGUGCAGUUGGGUCAACAGACAGAGGUGCAGGCCUCCGAGGAGAGGCGGCGGUGGAGGAUUUGGGCAGCCUGAGGAGGUACAUGGAGGAGAUGGAUCAGGAGCUGAAGAAGACCAACAUUGGACAGAGCUUCACUCAGUCUCAGGGCGGCGACAGGUCAGGCCCUCCCAAAGACUCCCCGCCUCCCGGCGACAGAGACGACCCCCCGGAGGAGGAGAUCCUGCCCCUGGAUGUGGACCUGAAUCUGGUCACUAACCUGCUGGAGUCCCUGAGCUCGCAGGCCGGCCUGGCAGGACCCGCCUCCAACCUGCUGCAGAGCAUGGGAAUCCACCUGCCGCCCAACGCUGACCGCACCUGACACCCCCGCCCUGCCUUAACCCUAACCCUGACACCCUCCGCCCUGCCUUAACCCUAACCCUGACA